AUGUCCAUGUUCUCCUCAGCCUUUAAAUCCAUAUCUGCCACCAACAUUACCGGCAACUACUCCAUCUCUCCAGACCCCACAUCCACGGCCGGCCCUUGGAGGAUACACGAUGCCAAGAAAAAGUCCACCGGGAAGGCAUACAGCGUCUUCAUCUUCGACAGGAAGUCCCUCGAUUCGCACGGGAACUCGCUAGGUCGGUCCGGAGCGUCCUCCUUCAAGCGCGCCGCCGAUGAGGUUGUCGAACGGUUGCGGAAAGAGGCGUCGAGCCUCGCGAAAUUGCGACACCCGAAUAUAUUAGAGCUUGUUGAGCCCGUGGAAGAUACUAGGGGCGGAGGCCUUCAGUUUGUCUCCGAGGCCGUUACUGCGAGUCUUUCGAGCUUACUGGCCGAGAAGGAUGACAGCGAGAGAAGCGGCGGUCCGGGCGGACGAUCCAGCCGGUUCGUCGUGGAGGAUGCCGAUGGUGUGAGAAGGAGAAGGGAACUCGAAAUUGACGAGCUGGAGAUACAGAAGGGCUUGUUGCAGAUUAGCAAGGCUCUGGAGUUUUUACACGAUAAUGCGGGGCUAGUCCACGGCAAUCUCACACCAGAUGCUGUCCUCGUGAAUGCAAAGUCCGACUGGAAGAUUAGUGGUCUCUCUUUCUGCUCUCCAGCAGAGGGCUCGAAUAAGCCCACAUCUAUCCAAGGGAUCAGCCUCUCCGAGGUGCUCAAUAUUGAUCCAAGACUUCCGCGAUACGUUCAGUUGAACCUCGACUAUAGCUCGCCCGACUUCAUACUCGACAAUAAUCUUAAUACAUCCGCAGAUAUGUUCUCGCUAGGGUUACUCUGCAUCGCUCUGUACAACUCGCCACAUCGAUCUCCUCUGGAAGCACAUGGAAGUGUAUCCACGUACAAGCGGCUGUUUUCUUCCUCAUCAACUAUACCAUCCAUAUCUAAUAAAUUUCUCGCCUCGGGAAACCUGCCUCGGGAUCUUUCCACCCAUGUGCUACCACGCCUCAUCACUCGUCGGCCCGCCCAACGCAUGACGGCAAAGGAGUUCCAAGAGAGCGAGUACUUUGACAAUAUCCUUGUGUCUACCAUCCGAUUCCUCGACGCCUUCCCCGCCAAAACUUCCGCGGAGAAGUCUCAGUUCUUGCGCGGUUUGGUAAAGGUCCUGCCUAGCUUUCCGAAAUCCGUGAUGGAAAAGAAGCUUUUGCCGUCGCUAUUAGAUGAGAUGAAGGAUAAAGAGUUGAUUUCUCUCAUUUUACAAAACGUCUUCAAGAUUAUCGAGCUUCUCCCAUCCGCUAAGCGCGCCUUCGGAGACAAGGUGCGCCCAGCUCUAAGAGAGACUUUUGUUGUGCCUCCUCCUAGCUCCAAGUCAGCGCCACCACAAACACAUGAGAAGGAUCCCGCUAAAGAUGCCGGCCUCAUGGUUGUGUUGGAGAAUAUGCCCUCUAUUUGUAAGAACUCGUCUGGGAAAGAAUUCAAAGAUGACAUUCUCCCGGUGGUCGUGACCGCCAUUGAAUCUCCUACUCACUCGCUUGUGGAUGCUGCCUUGAGGGGCCUUACCGUUAUCCUUCCAGUCCUCGACUUUAGCACCAUUAAGAAUGAACUCUUCCCGGUUAUUGCGACUGUAUUCAGCAGGACAAACAGCUUGCAAAUCAAGAUCCGCGGCCUACGCGCAUUUGUCAUCCUGUGCGGUGGAUCCCCUGAUUCACCCGGAGACGACGGAUUGGAUGGAUUGAGUGGAAACAAGAAGUCGUCGUCCUCCUCAAGCGCCCUCGACAAGUAUACUAUGCAGGAGAAGAUCGUACCUCUCAUCAAGGCCAUAAAGACCAAGGAACCAGCGGUUAUGAUGGCGGCCCAUGAGGUCCUCAAAGUCGUGGGUCAGACGGCGGAUAUCGAGUUCAUCGCCCUAGACAUUCUCCCUAUUCUCUGGAACAUGAGUCUCGGCCCUCUCCUCAGCCUCAAACAGUUCCAGGCGUUUAUGGAUCUCAUCAAAAGCCUCUCUCGAAAAGUCGAAGAUGAGCACUCGAAGAAACUGCAAGAACUCACGGGGCCGUCCAACGGCGCCACGGCGGCGCCUGCCGAGGAUUUUAUGGCAUUCGGCGGCCUUACUGGCACGGCGUUCGAUCCGGCGAACGGCAGCGACGAAAACGACUUUGAGGCGCUUGUCAAGGGGAGGUCGUCGACGUCGAAGGACACAAGUCAUGGCGGGACAUUCCCUAGCUGGGACGAUAACCCACCUAGCGCAUCCGCGUCAGCUGUCAGCCGCUCGGCGGGUUCCCCACAGCCACCAACAUUCUCCUGGUCGACGCCGACUGCUACGCCCAAGCCUGGGCAGCUCGGUGCGAUAAAGACCCAGCAGCAAGGUUCGGGCUUUAGAACUGUCACGCCCGAUCUUUCUGGUUUCGGCGCUCUCACUCCGACGUCCACCCAGUUCUCGAAACCGCUACAGCCGGCGCAACCGAUGCAGUCAGCGUUUCCACCCCCUCCGCUUUCGCAAAGCCAUACUGGUACGUCGACAUCUUCCAUCAACUGGCCAUCGGGCGGCGCUCCUGCCGCCACUUCCUUGUCCAAUCCAUGGGCCUCCACGACUAGCUCCACGAUGGGGCAGCAGCAAGCUUCUUCCUCGGCGUUUGGAAACCUCGGUUCGUCAAUGAAUAGCCUCGCGCUCAACGCACAGCGUCCGAUGGGCUUGCAGCCGUCAUCGUCGUCAACGUCCUCGUUCUCGUUGCCACCGCCACCAACAACGAAUACGGGUGGCUCUUCGUCAUUUAGCCUCCCACCGCCCCAGGCGUCAGCGCCCGCCGGCGGAAAUGUCUGGGCAACUCAGACUUCAAAGGGAGGAAUGGGUAUGGGUAUGGGUAUGGCAUCCAUGGCAAAGCCGGCCAUGUCUAAUCUGCAGAAUACAGGGAUGGGAAUGGGAAUGGGCGCUGGUGCACCAGUUGGAAACAUGAUGGGUAUGGGAACGGGUAUGGGAGCAGCUAAUAACCAGGCGAAGCCGAAGAGCGGACUUGAUAAGUAUGAAAGUUUGCUCUGA